AUGGACGGCCCGGCCAUCAUCACCCAGGUGACCAACCCCAAGGAGGACGAGGGCCGUGUGUCCGGCGCGAGCGAGAAAGCAUCCCAGUGCAACGUCAGCUUGAAGAAGCAGAGGAGCCGAAGCAUCCUUAGCUCCUUCUUCUGCUGCUUCCGGGACUACCAUGUGGAGGCUCCUGCGUCCAGCAACCCCAGUGUGCUUCCCCCUCUGGUGGAGGAGAAUGGUGGGCUUCAGAAGCCACCAGCUAAAUACCUCCUUCCAGAGGUGACGGUGCUCGACCACGGGAAGAAAUGUGUGGUCAUCGAUUUAGACGAGACCUUGGUGCACAGUUCCUUUAAGCCUAUUAGUAAUGCUGAUUUUAUUGUGCCGGUUGAGAUCGAUGGAACUAUACAUCAGGUGUACGUGCUGAAGCGGCCACAUGUGGACGAGUUUCUCCAGCGGAUGGGGCAGCUCUUUGAAUGCGUGCUCUUCACCGCCAGCUUGGCCAAGUACGCAGACCCCGUCGCUGACCUCCUGGACCGCUGGGGUGUGUUCCGGGCCCGGCUCUUCCGUGAGUCCUGCGUUUUCCACCGUGGGAACUACGUGAAGGACCUGAGCCGCCUGGGGCGGGAGCUGAGCAAAGUCAUCAUUGUGGACAAUUCUCCUGCCUCGUAUAUCUUCCAUCCUGAGAACGCAGUGCCCGUGCAAUCGUGGUUCGACGACAUGACGGACACGGAGCUGCUGGACCUCAUCCCGUUCUUCGAGGGCCUGAGCCGGGAGGACGACGUCUACAGCGUGCUGCACAGACUCUGUAAUAGGUAGCCCCGGCCUCAGCCACUGCACCCCCCAGCCGCCGACCUCCGCACUCGGAACCUCGGCCUC